AUGGGCGAAGACAGUGUUAAAGGCACGAUUAAAAAUGAUAUUAAAACAUCAUUUCUAAUUGCAAACACAUUUAAUGCGCUGGUAGGCGGUCUAUUCCCAGUAACCGUGGGCACAGGCUGGUUCCUCACCGAGGGCUGUUUGCCCCCGUUGCUGUACGGCAUGGCGGUGGGGGUGCCCAUGUUUGGUCUCAGCGCGUUGGGUGUCUACGCUGCUUUUAAAGAGAACAAGAAGAUGGUGACUGCUUAUGCAGUGCUGAUGGGGCUGGUGGCGGCGGCGGAGACGCUGGUCGUGGCUGCACCCAUAUUUGUUGUACUACCUCCCGCCUAUGUCGACCAGGUGGUCCACGUCUACUUUUGUAUCUUUCACACUGGCGUCGCGCUAGUUGCAAUGGCGUCAGCGAUGUAUCUGGCGAAGCAACUUCCUUCCUUAGAGACUUCGAUACCCUCCUCGGGACACGGCUUCUGCAAGUGGGUGGUUUACGGAGUGCUCGUCGUAUUGGUUCUUGGAUAUUUCGUUAAAUUUUAG